CCGAGCGUGGGAGCCGCGUUUCUCCCCCCCCAACCCCGCAGCCGGGCGCCUGAUCUACCAUGAGACCCGCCAUCUUCCUGCUCCUGCCUCAGCCCGGCCGCCUCUUCCUCCUCUUGGUGUCUUGGCUUUUUAAUCCAACAAGAAGUGAAAUAACAAGUCUAGAUAGCGGAAAUAUAGAUGACAUUUUAAACAAUGCAGAUGUUGCUUUAGUUAAUUUUUAUGCUGAUUGGUGCCGCUUCAGCCAAAUGUUGCAUCCUAUUUUUGAGGAGGCCUCUAAUGUAAUAAAGGAAGAAUACCCAGAUAAGAAUCAAGUAGUGUUUGCUAGAGUGGACUGUGAUCAGCAUUCGGAUAUAGCUCAGAGAUACAGGAUAAGCAAAUACCCAACACUGAAGCUCUUCCGGAAUGGAAUGAUGAUGAAGAGAGAAUACAGGGGCCAGAGGUCUGUGACAGCAAUAGCAGAUUAUAUCAGGCAGCAGAAGAGCAAUCCUAUCCGGGAGGUCCAGGAUUUGGAAGAAAUCAAUACCGUAGAUCGGAGCAGAAGAAAUAUCAUCGGGUACUUCGAGCAAAAGGACUCUGACAAUUACAGAACAUUUGAAAGAGUAGCAAAUAUUUUACACGAUGAUUGUGUAUUCCUGUCUGCCUUUGGGGCUAUUUCAAAAGCAGAGCGAUUUAGCGGAGACAAUAUAAUCUACAAGCCACCAGGGGAAAAUGCUCCGGAUAUGGUGUAUUUGGGCUCCCUAACCAAUUUUGAUUUGAUUUAUGCGUGGACACAAGAUAAAUGUGUGCCGCUCGUUCGAGAAAUUACAUUUGAAAAUGGGGAGGAAUUGACAGAAGAAGGCCUUCCUUUCCUCAUACUUUUUCACAUGAAGGAUGAUUUGGAGAGCUUAGAGAAAUUCCAACAGGAGGUUGCACGACAGUUAAUAAGUGAAAAAGGUACAAUAAACUUCCUCCAUGCUGACUGUGACAAAUUCAGACACCCACUCCUCCACAUUCAAAAGACUCCCACAGACUGUCCAGUUAUCGCCAUUGAUAGCUUCAGGCACAUGUACGUCUUCCCAGACUUCAACGACUUGUCAGUUCCAGGUAAACUGAAGCAAUUCGUACUAGACUUGCAUUCUGGAAAACUGCAUAGAGAGUUUCAUCAUGGCCCUGAUCCAACUGAUGUAGCACCUGGACAGACAAUUCAGGAUGUAGCCAGCAGCCCACCAGAGAGCUCCUUCCAGAAACUGGCACCCAGUGAACAUAGGUACACCUUAUUGAGGGAAAAAGAUGAACUUUAAAAACUUGAAACAAUUUUGCAAGCCUUUCAGACAGCAGCAUUGACUUCCGUGUGGUGGAAAUAGUAAACCUAUAUUUUCAUAAUUCUAUGUGUAUUUUUAUUUUCAAUAAACUGAAAAAUAAUUUUUUUUCUUCCCCAGGCUUGUAAAUAAAUGGGUUUGGUGGGUCCUUCUGUACAGCAUCUUUCCAACAAUGCGUUCUUAAUGCUCUAGUAAAAUACCAGAGACCCAUUCAGACACUUGAUGUAACAAUUCUGUAAAACUUUUAUAAUCCAAAUGAAGGUAUCCCUGCCAGAGACAUGCUGUUAACUUGCACUAUCCCAUUCGAUAGGAUUUUGGGGUUUUUUUCUGUGUAAUCUUGGUAGUAUGUGCUUUCUGUUCUUCUUCAUGUGAACAGCUCUCCUGGUAAUCUAUUUCUUUGUCACGUUUUUCUCCGACUUGAGAGGGUCUUCUAUUCUGGAUACUUGGGAGGGGAAUAAAUUAAAGUUUUACAGAA